CGUCAGGAUCAGUCGCUCUGCAGAAGGAACCGUCAGUGGCUCCGACCCGCUCCGCGAUCCUGCCUCACUUUAAAACCCCACGAAUAGCAGCGGAUCCCCCCGAACCAACUGAGAGAUGGACAACAGUAAGCAGAAUGUGGUCGUAACAGGUUUUGGACCAUUUGGAGAGCACACUGUCAAUGCCAGCUGGGUUGCAGUUCAGGAGCUGAAGAAGCUUGGGCUGGGCAGUAAUGUGGACCUGCAUGUAUGUGAGGUUCCUGUAGAGUACCAGACAGUUCAGAGUUUGCUUCCCUCGUUGUGGAAGCAGUAUCAUCCACAGUUGGUAGUUCAUGUGGGAGUCUCGGGCAUGGCUACCACCGUCACACUGGAGAAGUGUGGCAGAAACCAUGGAUACAAGGGUCUGGACAACAGCAGCUUCUGUCCCGAUUCACAGUGUUGCAUUGUAGGAGGCCCGGACUGUAUCAACUCAGUUAUUGACAUGGAAUCUGUCUGCAAGAGAGUGACUGCAUCGGGGCUGGGAGUAGCUGUCUCCGUCUCUAAAGAUGCCGGGAGGUAUCUCUGUGAUUUCACCUACUACACAUCUCUGUAUCUGAGCCAUGGUCACUCUGCUUUCAUUCACGUGCCUCCUCUCGGAAAACCUUACGGCAGGGAAGACCUGGGCCGUGCACUGCAGGCCAUCAUCCGGGAGAUGCUGGAGCUUCUGGACCAGGCCGAGGAGAAGAUCCACUGCCAGCAACACAUCCACUAAUUGACCUCCAGAUCCCGACCAGCCGCUCCAGCCCUCGUCACACAAGAGAAAUUGCACUUGACCACAAGCAGCCAACCUCAUUCUCUUUUUAAAUUGUUGCCUAUAGUCCUUUUAUAUUUUCUAAAUACAUGUUUCUUGUUUUGCUAGACUUGAUCUCAGAUAUGUUUUGUCUCCCAUUGUUAGAAACAGAAAAUAGGAGUCUCAAGACAAAACGCACUGUAAUCAGAGCCUUUGUCAUACUUCUAACAACACGCACCAUUCUAAUCUUUGCGUUGGGGGGUGUUAAUUAGAUGUGUUUAUACACAGUCACAGAUGGAGGGUCUGUUAUGUUAUGUUUAAUAUGAUGUGUAAGUCCCAAAUGUGACUUCUAUCAAUGCACCUUAUAGGGUUAGGGUUACUGAAAUGAUUAUAGAAGACACAUCUGGGUGAAAAGUAGAAAUCCAAAUGUUUUCACUUUAUUUUCUUUUUUUUCUUUCUUUAAAUCUUCAUUUUAAGGUUUUGCUACUUCACAUUAUACUACAGUUAACUUGUGUUUGUACCUAAAUGUCUAUGAAUUGUUAAUAUGCAUUAUGGUUUAAGUAGAGAUGUUUAGAAUUUCUAGUUGCAUUUUGCUACUUAUGCUUUUUUUCCCAAUUUUUCUGAGUUUACCAGUCUUGUUUUGUUUUUAACAUUUAAUUGUUUCUGGAGUAAUUUUUCUUUAUAAGAAGUUGAAAAUUUGCCUUCCUUUACAAAGGAUAUUUAAAUCAGGGAACGGGUUGGUUCCAGCUCAUACUUCCCCAGUUAGUUGGCCUAGUUCUGACAGGAAAAAAAAGACAACAUAUAUCUCCAUUACACUGAGAUCUGGCACCAGGCUGUGCAAUGUUGUUUUUCAGAUCUUAUUUACCAUAUCUCUGAGUAAUUCAUGUCCGUUCUAUGAUCUCACCUAAUGCGUCUAAGAAACUGUGUACUUGAAACUUUUUGUUGUGUUUUCUGGCUGUGUGAAACAGAUAAUUUUCUUUAAGGAAACAUCAAAAUACACUGUAAACAAAUAUUUUGUACAAUCUAACGGCAUAUCUUUUUUCUUUUUUUUUAUUACUACAAAAUAAGUGUUUGGUUUGAAAGGAAGAGUCUACCAAACUACACGGAGAUGCUGAAUUAUUGGAUGGUGAAAUUCUGUGAAACUUCCAUUUACAGUCAGCACUGUAUGAAAAUAACUAAAGAAAUAUGCAAUCCAAUACUUAAUUGUGAACUUUAUCUCCAUAGUUGUACAGCCCUAGUUGCUACUCCAUCAAAGCUUUCUGGUCCCUAAAUCGGAUAUGGCUACAGUACUCGUAGAUCUGAUGAGGUUGGACUCAAGUUCCGUCAGAAUUAGGCCUUGACUUUAUUUUCAGUUGCACUUUGUUUUGUCAGUUUUACUUAAUGUGGAAUAUGGACAGCAUUUCUCAAUGUGAAUGGUUUAAUCUACGUUAUAUAUGUGCGUGUUUUGUUUUCUCUUACUUUAACUUGAAAUGUAGCUUUCCAGACAUGCAACUGUUUUUUUGUUCUUUUUUUCCUCUGCCAUUGUUUUAAUGAUUAUGUAUGUGAAAUAUGCUUUAUUGUGGGUUUUCACUUAUUUUCUUUCCCAGCCUUCCUGUGUUCUGACUUGUUGCAUAAACAGAACCAGGGUUUUUGUGAAGGUGGACUUGUGUUUUAUUUUUGUUUUUGUUCGUUUUGUGGGGGUUGUUAUGUUUCUUUCUUUGGAGUAGGAAUUGUAGCUUUGAAUAGUCUAUAGACUGAUCAUACUGAUAUACUGCAUCAGCAGGCUGUGUGUGUCUAACAGAAGGAUACAGAUACACUGGUUUUAACUGGUGUAACUAGGUUUGUAUUACUAAAACUGCUCAUUUUAUGGCAUUAGUUUACAAAUGAAGUUUUUCUCUCUCUUUUUUUUUUUUAAAUCUUGUACAAAAAAAACAUAUAACACCAAUUAUUAUCCUGGGGCUCACAGUGUAACUCUUUCCUCUAAUCUGAAAUUCAUCAUGGCUUUGGUAUUGUAGUGUAAUUCUUGAUUAUAUGGUUUUAAAUUCCAGUAUUUUCUUAAAUCACAGGCACGAGUCCAUAGGUACUUAUAUUUCACAGUGUGGCUUCGUGAGUGCUGGGAUGUGAAAGGGUUGUGGAGAAGCUGACUGCAGCAUUUCUUCCUAAAGUUUACCUAUGAGGUGACCCCUGACCCCCCCGACUCCCUCCUGUGCCUUGCUGUUGUUAAUGUGUGUUAUUAAAAGGCCUUACUAAUUCUCAGUGGGUCAGUUGAAAGAUAUAUUACUGAUGCUGUCCAGUCAAAUGUGUGUCUACCUCAAUUUCUUCUUUUUUUUUUUUAAAUCUCGGUGUGUGCUCUGUUGUACACCAACAUUAUUGGUCUGUGAUUUACUGUGACUUCUUUUGUUUAUCGGAAGUUUUCUCCAGAAGAUUUCUUCUUCCGUGUCAUUGAAGCAAAUUACAGUCAGUAAUCUCGCUUUGUAUAAGAAAAGCUUUG